AUGAGGAACGCGUGGACAUGUGCGCAAGGUGUAACCUUCAAUAUUAAAGGGCCAAAUUUGUUCCUUGCCCGAUGUCACUGUUUGGGAGAUUGGAAGAGGGUGAUGGAGGGAGGACCGUGGCAGUUUCAUCGCGAUCCAGUGGUGCUAGUGGAGUAUGAUGGCUUCACCAAUGUGGCGGACUAUGCUCUUAAUAUGUAUCCGUUGUGGGCGAGAAUUAAAGGCUUGCCAGAUGGUCUCACGAGGAAGAAGGAACUAGCAGAGAAGGUCGCGAAGAAGGUCGGUGAUCCACCAUUUACAGUGGUGGUUAAUGAAGGGAGGAUUAACCCCUCAAACUUUCUAAGAGUGAGGGUUUUCGUAAAUGUAAACCAGCCACUGGUGAGGUUUGUGCCGAUCACAUUGAAAGAGAGGAAAAAGUACCCAGUAAGGUGUGAGAAACUGCCGAAUUUCUGUUAUUACUGUGGCUGCAUGGGCCAUGUUGUGGAGGAGUGUGGAGAUGGGGUACAUGACCCGGAUGUCUGUGAGUGGGGGGAUUGGUUACAUUGGAGUAAUGACUCUGAGGGUGCAAGUGAUGCUAAAGGAGGCAGGGGUGGUUCGUGGUCGAAUGCAGCUGGGAGAGGAGGAGGAAAUACUGGUGCUGGUUGA